UGGUGCAUAUAAAGAGCCGCGAACAGAGCGGCCCCAUCCCGCUCUGUGCCCCUUCUGUUCCGUCUCUGUCAAACUUCUCAGACUUGGAGAAUAUGUCUCCCAGCCCGCCCGCGGCAUCCGAGAUCCCCUUGGAGGUACCUGAAGGGCAGCCUUUGGAUCUGGCUGUUGAUGAUGUGACUGGCACCUCGCUGACCCUCAACUGGAACCCGCCCAUGUACAUUGGUCCUGCUGGGCUGGCAGGAUACCUUGUGGAAUAUCGCAAGGAAAGCAAUGAAACUUGGGUUGCUGUGAAUAAGGAAGUUACCACAAAAACCGUUUUGGUGAUUAAAAACCUGACUGAAGGCGACAAGGUGCAGCCUCGGGUUAAAGCAGUUCAUGGUGACGGUGGAAUAGGCACUGCUGUAUUUCCGGACUCUGUGCUCAUCAGGCAGUCCAUUGAUCCUCCCAAAAUCCGACUGCCUCGCAAUUUGAGGGAAACCUUUGUUCGGGAAGCUGGGCAGCCAUUAAACCUGUCCAUACCUAUCCAGGGCAAUCCUCAACCUUCCAUCACCUGGACAAAAGAUGAGCAGCCUGUGGACCAGGCACGUGUGAACAUCCGGAAUAGCCCCAGGGAUACUAUCCUAUUCAUCAGGAAACUGGAAAGAAAGGAUUCGGGGAAGUACAAGCUGACAGCACAGACAGACAGCCUGGUGGAUGAAGUGGCCAUUGACAUCCAGGUUGUGGAGAAACCUGGCCCUCCACAGAACUUGAAGAUGCUCGACGUGUGGGGAUUUAAUGUGGCACUGGAAUGGCAGCCACCUGCUGACAAUGGAAACGCUGAGGUCAAUGGCUAUACCAUUCAGAAAGCUGACAAGAAAACAGGGGAAUGGUUCACUGUGAUUGAGAAGUGCCAUCCCUGCUCCUACACUGUCUCCAACCUGGUGAUGGGCAAUCGGUACAACUUCCGGGUCUUCUCUGAGAACCUGUGUGGACUGAGUGAGACAGCAGCACAGUGCAAGGAUACAGCUAACAUCCCCAAAAUAAGUAGCCCAUAUAAUGCCCCUGUGUACCAAGAGAAAGACUUCAAUGAAGCCCCUAAAUUUACGCAGCCUCCAGUGGACAAGACUGCAACUGAGGGAUUCACCACCAAACUCUUCUGCAGUGUCCGAGGAAAUCCCAAGCCCAGAAUCAGUUGGCUGAAGAAUCAGAUGUUGAUUGACCAAAACCCCAAGUUCAGAAUUCUGACCAACGAAGGGAUCUGUACACUGGAGAUCCGCAAGCCCAGCACCUUUGAUGGAGGAGUCUACACAUGUAGAGCAGUCAAUGCACUUGGAGAAGCAGUAGCAGACUGCAGGCUCAAUGUGAAAAAUGAAACAAAGCUGGGUGGGACGGUGAGCUGUAAGGAGGAUGCAGAAAUGUUGCAGUGUGAUUUGAACAAGCUGACUGUCACUGUGUCCCAGUGAGGAUGGAAACCAUUGGAACCAGCUGAAGACAAGUGCGUUUAUCUUGCCUCUUGCCUCAUAGACCUGAAGGUCAGGCCCCAGCUAUCUUUGCUGCUGAGCUCGGUCAAAAUUAGGAGUGUUUAUUGAGAGAUUUAUGUGUCCCUUAACCCCACUGUGAGCUGGACAAUGGGUAAAUCUUCCCUUGUCUUGUCUGUUUCCUAAAAUGAUAACAUUUAAAAUAUUGUGUGACGUUAAUAAAAUGGACAAAAAUUGAA